GUCCCACUCCGAUUAAUUAAACUGACGCUUAUCAAGCUUAUCUCUACGCCCAUAUGUUAAGCCCUUCGCCAGCCAUGUCACCGCGGUGUAUCUAGCAUUGAUUAUCAGACAGCUUUCAUUUGUACUUUGCCACUCAAGCUGAUCACUACGGGGCCUGAUUACGUUCGGUGAUUGUUUCGUGUAAAUUCUAUUAUAAUACACGCUACGGGAACGCGAGGGAACAGUCAGGUGAGUGUGUAUUAUACUCUUAAUUAAUACUCUUCAAUUCAGACCGGAUAUGCUGCUUUCCUUUUGGACAUUGGUAUACGGCUAUCAACCACUAACUAACGCACAUAUUCUGAUGAGGGUUUGAGAUUGGCAAUCGACUCCAUCGGCUGAGCUGAGCCGUUUAACAUUUCGCUCACGUGGGGCUCUCCCGCCGCUGCCCUGGUUCCCCUGAAACAUCUAGGUACGGGCUUUAUAUCAACUAGAGUUUCUGGGACCAGGCUGCAAUGCCGGCAUGGGGUAGGGUCCCUGUUUUGGUCUAGCCUUUUGAAGUAUGUGUUGAUGGGACAGGGGAGCUCAACUACUUAUAAGCUCUAUAUUAUAGUGAAUUUUUUAUUAAUUUAUCUUUAUUUUUAUUUUUUUUACGGUUAAACCAUGAUUUGGGUUCUGUAAUAGUAAAUGUCCAGUUCAUUAUUUACACACCUCUCACUGAAAGAACACUUUCGACCACCAGUUGGAAUGAGUGUGUUUUCCACAUGCCCACAUUACCAUUAUCUCCCUAACCGCCAUCAUUGAAAAGGAGAAAAAGCUUUUAAUGCAUUUCUAAAAAUUUUUAAAGGGGAAGCAACACAGAAAGAUUCACUUGCAUAGAAGAAGGAAUAAUUAUUUAUGGUUCGCCCUCUCACUCCCUUUGCACACAUAAUCACAUCCGCAAUCACAUUCACAAUUACAUUCACAAUCACGUUGAUAACACCCAAUCACAUUCACAGUCACAUUCAAAGUCACAUUUACAAUCCACAAUCACAAUUUUAUUUACACAAUUGUAAAGUGGCGCCGUGUGUCACGCUAUGUGUCACGCUAUGUGUCACGCAAUGUGUCACUCAGUGUGUCACGCUGUGUGUCACGUUAUGUGUCACGCUGUGUCUCACGCCAUGUGUCACGCUAUGUGUCACGCCAUAACACAGACAUUCAUAAGACAGAGUUUCAUAACACAGACUUUCAUAAGACAGAGUUUCAUAACACAGACAUUCAUAAGACAGAGUUUCAUAACACAGACUUUCAUAACACAUACUUUUAUAACACAGACUUUCAACCAACUAAUGCUGGCAAUGAAUCAUGAAUAAAAUAUAUGAUGAACAUGUUGCUGUUACUUCAAUUUGAUUGGACGCCGGGUACUUAAGAUUGCCUUUGGAAGAAAAACCCACACAGGCAUUUUUUUUUUUAAAUCAGUAAAUGGCCUUGGACGAAAAUGUAUUUCAUUGAGGAGAACAGGGCUUUUCAAAGUGUCCAGAUACUCACCCUGUUUUAAUAACUCUUAUUCAGUAAACCUGGAGCACCCUAGCACUCAAUUUAAAAUCCAUCAAAUGAUUUUGUUUCCAAGAACUAGGCCGUUUACAGCAUCAGCAUUUUAAUCAUGAUAUUUCUACAUACACUAUUCAAUUGUCAAACGUGUGGAUAUGUUGCUUUUUUUAUGGUUGUGUAAUAAUAAUAAUAAAAGUUAGGCCUGUUAGUUAACAUUAUUCUGUAGGACUACAUGAAAGGCCAAAAUGAAAAGAGAUGUGCAGCAUACAUUUUUACCGUAUGAAUAAAUACAUUGAAACAAGCGCUAAAAUAGUAUUACGAAAGCUUUAAAAUAAGGAGGGCCUAUUGUUUUUUUUUACUGUUUAGGGGUGCAAUUAGAUGUUCAACAAUAUCAUAAUAUCGGUGUGCCAUCGUCAAGAAAUUCUAUCUGGCUAGCUGUUAUCAGUCCCAGGCUACGGUUCGUCGUAGUAUUUAUUUAGUGGGUCGUCAAGCUUGAUUUGGUUGCACACAUUCCAUUCAGGGAAGGGAACUCUGUCAUCUCCAUUACGUGUGAUCACUCAACCGUGGAUAUAUGUACACUGUCAAUAAAGUCAAUCCUCGGGGUAAAAGGGUUUUAAACUAAGGACAGUGUGCUGCUGUUUAAUCUGACGUACACAGUACAUUUGCCGGCACAAACUUUGUAGAUUUCAUAUAUCAUGAUGUUAAGAAAGGUAGGCCAAAUUCUAGCUUGAAACAAAACCAAAAAUAGUUUAUUAUUCUUUUCUUUUUUUUUUCUUUUUUAAAUCUAUAACCUCAGCGAGAUUAAUUUAUUAUUUUCACUGCUAUAUUAACAUUACGUUAUUGUAGUCAAGACGUUUGUGUUCAAACAGUGACUAUUUUUUAUUUAAUUCCAUAAUUCACAAUAAUAUCCAAAAGAAGAAAUAUAUACCUGUACUAUUUCAGCAACACGAAAUAUACUUUGUAUUACAUCAAUUAAAUUGGAUUUCACAACACCUUUCACUUCAAAAUCGUAUGUACAAAAAUUUCAUUUACAAUCACAGAGUCUAGUUGUUUGGGUUAUUUUAAUGUUGGCUGCUCAAAUCCCAAACUGCCACAACCCAGCAAACACUCUGAUUGGCCAGUCAUUAUAAAUCUGGAAUUAGUCCCAAUAAUCUGUACAAUAUGCACGGGAUACAUAGAAAAUUAACUAUAUUAUAUCAGUUGUCUCACCAUCAGUGGUUCACACACUCAUAAUGUUAUCUAGGACAAUUAUUUUUUAAAAAAUAAUAAAGUUUGAGUUAGGGGUUUAAGCUUUUACAGCAUUAAGUUCAUUGUACGAACAGGUAGGGCCUACUGCCUACUGCCUACUGAGUUUUUAAAAAAAUCUAAUUACAUUAAAUCGAAAUAACUAGACUCUUUCAAAUUGCCUGAUAGGACUAGAUUACAUUCGGUCACACUGGACGCCAAGAAGGCAUAUCCAUACAAACUUGCAUAUAUAUUUUUUUUUUAAAUGUUUAAAGCAGCAACAACUAGCAAUAGCAUCAAACGCAAUCAGUGGCGUAGCUAGGGUUGGUGUCACCUGGUCCGGUAAGCUCGUCAACAAUUUUCCGCAAUUUUUGACCCCCCCCCUCUCCCCCCCCCAAUAGUCAACAACUUUCAAACUUUCGACGACCCCCCCCCCCAUUUAAUUAUGUCAACAUUUUAUAACCCACCCCCCUCCCCAAAAAAAUGAAUUAUAUUAUAAAUAAAUUUAUAAAUACGUUUUACUUUGUGCUGAUGUACUGUAUUUUUAAUAGUUUAAAAUUGUAGGAAAAUCAAAAAAAUGAAUUAUAUUAUAAAUAAAUUUAUAAAUACGUUUUACUUUGUGCUGAUGUACUGUAUUUUUAAUAGUUUAAAAUUGUAGGAAAAACAUUUUAUUACAUCUUUAACUUGUUAAUUAACAAGUUGAAAAGUUUUCACACUUAAAUUUUAUAAUGCACAAUCAAUUAAAAAAUUGUUAAAGAAUAAGUAAAAUUGUUUGUGGAAAUAUAAAUAAGAUUAGUGUCAGUAUAGCUGAAAAUUAGAGUAUAGUUUCCAGCUGCUAUGAUCUUCCCAUGGAUUAGGCAGAUGUUGCUCAAUCGUAACAAUGAGCAUCAGGGACAUCAUUUGGGUAGAGCAGGGGGUGUCUGCCACCCCCCCCCCCUUGAUUUUGCUGGUUUUAUUCAAAUUGCUAUGUACUGUGGCACCUCCAGUAAUAAAUAACUUAACAAGCCAAAAACGUUUUGGUUUUGCCACACCCCCCUCCUUCCCUUGAAAAAAAACAACCUGAAAUGACGCCCCUGAUGGGCAUAUCCUAUAGUAGCUGAUUUAUCAUUUUCGUCUUGGGCAAAUGUUAACCAGACAAGUCAACAUCAUCUUUAUCUAACUAUUCAACACUUAAAAUCGAAGCAUUGUCUGUGUGAGCAAUAGUUGCCAUAAGCUCUCUAUGUCUUUCAGUUGGUAUAGUUGUUAUUGAACACCGAUGAGUUGGCUUGUUUUUGUUGUUUGUUUGUUUGUUUUUUUUUUAAAUUGAACACCGUGUACAAUGAUGUGGUAAUCAUUCUAAGGAGCGGAUUAAGAGAAAAAUGACAGGUGAAUAGAUGCCAACUUUUGAUCCCUCUUGCACUAACAAAGCGUGCUAACAUUCUGAUCAGCCAUCGGCAGUGCACAGACAGACACACAUUAAAUAACUCUUAUAUUGUUAAAAGCCUAAACAUAUAUGACUAUUUACACUCAUUAAAUUGUUUAAAAUAAUGUAUUAACCAGUCAAUUUUUAAGAUUAAAAUUUUAAUGGAAAUUAAACAUGAUUGUUGACGUCAACUAAUCUAACCCCCCCCCCUCCCUUGUCAACAACUGUCAAACAUUUCCAAACCCCCUGCCCCUCUCCUAUUUUGUUGACGUAAUUAAUGGACGCCCCCUUAGCCCUGUGCCAGAGGUGUAGCUGUUUUUAUUCAAAUCGAAUGCAUUUUAAGCCAAACUGGCACAAUCUAGUCAAAAGCCAAAAUUGCUUUUUAUUCACUAGACUAGAUGAAGUGAUAUUUUUCAUUUCCUUGAUAACGCUUUUAAGUGUUAUUCCCUGAAAUAUAUCUAUUGGCAUUUUUUUCAGUUUAAAUCUAAUUAUUACUCGAAACUUGUUACAUUUCUGCAAACAUUAUUGCAUUUGAGGUUAUCUAAGAUAUUACUUUAUACUUCUCUAGUCUCUUAACACCUGGCACCUACAAAAAUAAUAAUCCUUUCUAUGAUGCUAUUACUGCUGCGAACUGUUAUACAGUAAAAACUCGAUUCCUUCCUUGUGUUUACAAAUUAGAUAACGUCUUAGAUAAAGAUAAAGAUAAACUUAGAUAAUUUUAAACAGUAUGAAAUAAAAACAAUUAAAUUAGUUAAAUUUUCAUUUUACAAGAAAAAUGGGUCAGCUAUAGUACAUGGAGUUAAUAAUUUGGUAAAUGUACGAUUUCCGAAGUCAUCUGAAAACAAAAACAUUCCGAUUUUCCAUCUUCAUAUAUGAAUAUCCCAGUUUUAGUUCAGUACAUUACAUGGAUGAAGCAACCUCAACGUACACUAUCAGACUCGCCAUCGGGCAUAAACAAUCUGCGGCUAAUGUAAAGAGUAUAGUACCCUGACAUCUUUUGCAUGGUUUGUCCCAGUGUUCUGAUAGGGUCAAAACCCUGGUUCCAAUAGGGUCAAAACCCUUGUUCCGAUAGGGUCAAAACCCUGGUUCCGAUAGGGUCAAAACCCUGGUUCCGAUAGGUCAAAACCCAGAUUAGGGAUACGUUUAGGGUUCAGGUUAGGUUUAGGGAUAAAUUUAGGGGUAAUCUACCACUUGAGCGUCGGCCAAGAAAAAAUCCAGUUGUUCUGGUUGGAAGGGCUAUUUAAACAACUAUUCUUACAUUGGAGUCUGUUCAUAUUUUUGCUUCCAUAUAGAGGCUAUAAAGUUAUAUAGCACAAUACUAAUACAUUUAAAUAAUUAUUACUUCCAAGCUACCGAUAUGCCAGGAAGAAAAAGAGACUACAAUUAUUUUUUUGAUCCAGAUAACGCGGAUGUCCACACACAGAAUGUGGAAAACGUGAAUGCUCAGAAAGCGUAAACUAAAAAGACAGUUUGGCACAAGAAGCGCCAGUGAUCUUUCCCCUUCAUAUUUACAUGGAUUCAUGUACCACAACCGUUUUCGUGGAAAUUAUAUUUUUUUAAACUUCAUUGUCAACUUGGGGGAGAACUAUGCAUAAUUCUAUUUUCACACAUUAUCUUCUAUUUAAAAAAAAUUGUUAUAGUUUUUCUAUUUUAAGCAAAUUGUCUAUGAUAAUGGGAAUGAAUACGUACAGCGAAUGUCAUUAAAAAUAAUAAAAGAAUAGUUGUUUAAAUAGCCCUUCCAACCGGAACAGCUGGAUUUUUUCGUGGCCGACGCUCAAGUGGUAGAUUACCAAUUUAGGCUUAGGCUUAGGACAUAAGUUCGCCAUGAUAAAAAAUCACAUUUACCUUUCCGUGACUAAAAUUUUAUUAAACGUACAUAGUUAGGGCAUAGGGAAGUUCACUCAUCUACAGAAAAUCAAGGGGCCCGUAAAGCGAAAGUACCAAUAUUAUAAAAUAUUAACUUAAUUAUUAAGUUGUAUGCUACUAAUUAUUAAGUUAAUCAGUGUUUAAACUUUAACUAAGUCUAACUUAAGUAGGUGGUUACUACUUCAUACACUCAAAUUCAAAUCUCAGACGCAUGAACAAGUUUAAGUUGAUGUUGAGACUUAGUACUGACCUGAGACUUAAGUUAUAAAACAAGUGCAAGCAAUACAAAGACUUAAAUAAAGUAAAUAAAGUUUAACUUUACAAUCUGUAUUCCACAAUCCCACUUUAACAUGUGCCAAUUAAGUAGGCUUUCUGUGUCUGCUCUGUAAAGUUAAUCAAUUGGAUGCUACUAAACAUAAGUCAAGUCAUAAAAGUUAUUUGUAAUAGUAAUAGGCUUAAACAAUAAUGAAUCAAUAAUAAACUUUUAAAAAAUUCUGAAAGUAAAACAUAUUUAUUAUAAGUAUUAAAAAAAAAGUGUGUGCAUAAAUUAUGCAAAUCAGAAUAUCUCAUACGCAUAAAUGUUGAUAUUUCAGUUUGAUUCAUCAAGAUCUUAGUAAAUGUUCUAGGGGAGGAAUUCUUAACUAAUUUACAGCACUGCAUCCCCUCUCAAUUUCAAAAGAUUCCUUACAACUCCCACACCUUACCUGGAUAAAUUAUAUUGUGAAAAAAUUUAUUUAAUGAAAAUAUUUAUAAUUAAUUUAGUUAUUGUACUUUUAUUUCUUUAAAUAAAUUUCUAUUAAAAAAAAAGAAGAAAAAACUAUGACAAAUACGAGUAAUGUAAAAAAAAAAUUCACCAGAAAAAACAUUUAAUGGUGAUUAUCAAAAUUUAUCAAAACUAUUGUUGUUUUUUUUUAAAUGCUGCAACAAGUAGCAAUGGCAGCAAAUACAAUUUUCUUCCAUGUGUUAGGGGUGUUUCAAACCUGAUUAAAAAACCUUAUUCUUGGGAAUUUUUUCUGACACAGGUGCAGUAAUUCCAGUGCGGUUAAUUUUUUGUAUAGGACAGUAGUGGAAAGAGAGAUUUUUUUGAUAGGCUAUUUGUGACAAUGGGGGGCAGGGGGUAAAAAUCUGAGAAAUUUGAGUGACCUUAUAUGUGGAUGGCCCCAAAGAUGUGGUCACCAAACAGAUCCUUUAAAUGUCUCCUUUUAAAAACAAUUGUUGCUUACUUCUUUUUUGGUUAUUAUUUUCAGAUUUUUAGCAGUAUAGAAAAAGAAAAGUAACUUAUCAUCAUGGCUCAGACUGAUCAAGUAAUCUCACAAAUUCAAGUGAUUGAAAGUGAAGAAAUUUUACAGCAUUUUCAUCCAGGGCUUUUGAAGCUGGACUAUGCGGACAGAAAUAUAAAAGCAUACAUCAUUGCCGGCACAUUCCUCUUUGUGUCUGCAAUAUUUUCUGGAUCACUUUUAUUCUGCAAUUUAUUUAAAGCUUUUCGUGGACUUAUUCUGAAACACCAAGUUUUUAUGAGCCUGGCAAUAGUCAGAGGUGCUUAUGGAAUCUUCGGUAUCUUCAUUGGAUGUUACGCCAUCUUCAGAUCCACUGUUCUUGAUCGUGAUAUAGUUUUUGGAAAAAAUGCAACAAGCUCUUUUGCAAUGUGCGUGACAGUAGGAUUCUUUAUCUUUGAAUUAUCAGCUGUACUCUUAUCAGAUGUAGCCUUUAAAACUUUCUCCAAGAUGCUCAUCAUGCACCAUGGUCUGGCACUGGUAGCCUUCAGCUUGGCUAUUAACUCCGGCUCAAACUACUCUUUUGGUUGCAAGGGUAUGAUUUUAGAAAUGAGCACACCUUUCUCAUGUCUUUGUUAUGUCUUUCUUAAAGCAGGCAUGGAGAAUUCCACAAUCUGGAAAAUCAAUCAGUUUGUUUUGAUCCACACAUUCCAUCUGCGGAGCGUUGUGGAGUGUCACCUUUGGUAUGUCACCUACAAGCAUUGGGAUGAUAUCUACUCAAAGAUGUCCACACCCAUUUUUGCACUUCUUUACACCAACCUGGUUUUGGUCACAUUUGUCAUGACACCAUACUGGGGCUACAAGAAAACUGAGCAGCUUUUCAACCCUGUUGAUUGGAACUUUCAAGAGUCCAGAGACACAGAUACAUUAUCUCCCAAGAGAAAAGCUCAAAAGGCAGAGUAAUUUUUUAAAAAUAUAUUUAUGUCAGGUUACCUCAGGUGUCAUUGUUACAAAGUUGCAUUACUUAAAAACCACUUAAAAAUUGCUAAUAACAUUUCUUCUUUAGAAGAUCUCUUAUUUAAUCCUGUUGUUUACCUUAAUUUUGAUAUUGUUAUAAUGUAAAUAGUGAAUAAAAAUGGAAUUUUUGUUACUCAUAAAAUAUACUUUCAGAAUUGUUAAAAUUUAAGUUAAUAUUUUCAAAAUUAUAAUGUAUUUCAUUAUCAAUUUUAAAAUAUCAGGGAUAUGUGGGGACGAAAGGAAUUAUUUAUAAAUAUGAGUGGAUAAGAAGUCUUUAUUUUGAAUCCUGUGAAGACCAUUGCAAGUGCAAUAAGUAAUUUGAAGGAGAUUACUAUGCAAUAUGAAUCACAAUAUGUCAUUUCCAUUCCCAAUUUUGUGUACCUUUCGUGCAUUCAGACUGUGUAUUCUGAUACUGAUCUCUUGUUGGUAUGAAAUAGUUAUUCUUUAACUAGUCAAUGAAAUCAUUUCUUAAUUAAUUUUAAAUGAUAUUUAAUAUAAAAGUUACUUUAAAUUUUAAGUGUAAUGUAGUUACUGCAGUCAGUAAAUAAAGUUUGAUAUCAAAG